GCGGCCCCGCCCUGAAGUUUCCAUUGCCAUGCAGCAAAUAGUCCCGGCUCAGAGUAUCGCGUGCGCCCCCCCCUUUGUGUCCCUCCGCCCCGCCAUGGAGUGCCCGCAUCUCACGUCCAGUGUGUGCAUCGGCCCGGACUCCGCCGCGCUGCCCAGCGGCUGCCCUUCAUCGUGGUGCUGCAGCGGUGAGUGAGGCCCCUCCCCCUGCCCGCUCCGUCUCACUGUCCGUGGAGGGGGGGCGGGAAGCAGCGCCGCCUGGCUGCGGUUCCCAGGAAAGUCCCCGGCUCCGGCCUAGUCCCAGGGAGAGAGGGAUAGCAUUGUGCAGACCGAGGGAGCCGGGUAGUAAGGAGCACGGGCAGAAUAGAUCAUACAUAGUCACUGGUGGGAUUGGAAUACAAUGCACAUCAUCCAGGAACACAAUGCACAGCAUCCGGGAAUACAAUACAAUGCACAUCAUCCAGGAACACAAUGCACAGCAUCCGGGAAUACAAUACAAUACAAUGCACAUCAUCCAGGAACACAAUGCACAUCAUCCAGGAACACAAUGCACAGCAUCCAGGAACACAAUGCACAUCGUCCAGGAACACAAUGCACAUCGUCCAGGUACACAAUGCACAUCGUCCAGGAACACAAUGCACAUCGUCCAGGAACACAAUGCACAUCGUCCAGGAACACAAUGCACAUCGUCCAGGAACACAAUGCACAUCGUCCAGGAACACAAUGCACAGCACCCAGGAACACAAUGCACAGCACCCAGGAACACAAUGCACAGCACCCAGGAACACAAUGCACAGCACCCAGGAACACAAUACAAUGCACAGCACCCAGGAACACAAUACAAUGCACAGCACCCAGGAACACAAUACAAUGCACAGCACCCAGGAACACAAUGCACAGCACCCAGGAACACAAUGCACAGCACCCAGGAACACAAUGCACAGCACCCAGGAACACAAUACAAUGCACAGCACCCAGGAACACAAUACAAUGCACAGCACCCAGGAACACAAUACAAUGCACAGCACCCAGGAACACAAUGCACAGCACCCAGGAACACAAUGCACAGCACCCAGGAACACAAUGCACAGCACCCAGGAACACAAUACAAUACACAGCACCCAGGAACACAAUACAAUGCACAGCACCCAGGAACACAAUACAAUGCACAGCACGCAGGAACACAACACAAUACAAUGCACAGUAUCCAGGAACACAAUGCACAGCAUCCAGGAACACAAUACAGUGCACAGCAUCCAGGAAUACAAUAAUAAUGGGGGUUUAGUUACAGUAUAUGAUCAUACAUUGCAUAAGCCUGCCACAACAACAAUGGACCCCAUUCUUGGCAGGUCCUACAAAAGCAACCCUGGUUUGAUCCAUCCAUCUAACCAAGGUUGCUAUUGUACGUACAUAGACAAACUCGGUGUACAAUGUCUCUUGUGAAUGCACUGGACUUUAUAACAGUAUGAAAAAUGUAAAUAAACAAAACUCUUUUAGUAACUCUGUUUGACCUGUAUUGGCAGAGGAAGGGCAGUGUGUAAACCUACUUUUGUGAUGGUCUAGUAGUCUAUUUCAUGUAGUUGAUGUCUGGGAAAUUUGAAUGGGUCUCUUGCUGCUGGGAUAGAAUUGAAUGUGUUGAAAAUCAAAACAAAUCUCGUUAUGGGAACACCGUAACAAUAUAGUCUACACUUUGACGUUUAAAAUGUCUACUCUAAACUGUGUGUAAUGAGAAACCAGUUUGCAGUUAUUUUGUUCAUGCCUCAGGUGUCUUAAUUCUUUAUUUAUGUUUUUAAAACUAGUUUGGCACAGAUAGAUGUUGUAUUGCAUGACUUUAAGAAAGGGAAGGGUACAGAAUUUAAUGAGCACACACAUGGAUCGUGACUCCCAUCAGUCUCAGGCAGCCUGGGUGAUGUAUGUCCCAGUGCAGCAGUAAGAAGGAGGCGUGAGUGAGUGGGUUUGUAUAGCUGUCGGUUUAUUCAUAAAACUAAAAAUGAUUUAUUAAAAAAUAAAAAUACAUUGAGGAUGCGCUUGUUUUCAAUUAUGUUCUUUAGUGAAUAAAUAUUUGCAAUAUUUAGGCCAAAAGCUAGUCUUGCAAAAUUCUCAAAUUUAGCUAUUGUCAAAGCCUGGCUUUUAAAGCACAAUUUAGUGUUUGGCGAAUAAGCCUGUGUGUAUGUGUAUCUACAGGAGAACUAUGCCACUUCAGACUCUUGGACACUUUGUGGUUCCUGAUCUCUCCAGCACCCCUCAGUGGCAUUUUUUUCCUUGUAAUACACUGUUCACCAUUCUAUAUUUUAUACUAAAUUAAUAAAAUCAGGUUAUUUCAAGCCACAUUAUCUGCUGGGCAAAUUCCCCUUUUAUUCUCAAAGUGUUGGAGCAGUUUUGUGUGUGUUUUUUUUUUCUUUCCCCCCUUCUCCCCUCCCCCCCCUUUAUCACUGUCUGUGAUUAGCUGAGAUGGGAAGCUAUUGUCUACUGAAUGGCACAGUUCAGUUUACAAUUCAUCAUUUAGUGAAUAAACCCCAAAAUAAACAAAAGGCAAAAACUACUCCGCUCUGAAAACCUUCCAGGCUAAAGGAAGUUGGAUAUAAUUAGAUGGAAGGUGAAGGACUAGCUCUGUGCAAUUCUAUUGUCCUCCCUUCACAUGCAUUUUGUUUUCACUGGAGCAUAUUGAUCUGUAACUUGAAUACUGGGGUUUGUCUUAGAGGGCUGCUCACUAAAUUUGAGAGACUUACAUUAGAAUGGCCGAAUUGGGGCUAAAUGAGUUGAUCUGGUUUAGUCACUGCUUGGGUAUUGUCCACUCAGGUAUGCUAUUCGGAUUUAAUUUCCUAAAAUUUGUAAAUAGUCUCUCUGAUUGUAGUCUUCGGUAAUCCCAGGGUGGUGGGCCAGGGCUGUAGAAAGGAGGGGCUUGCCUACAUGUGAUUGUGCUCUUAUUGUUGAAAGAAGCCACUCUGACUGCAGUGAUUGUGGUUCCUGAAUCCUGAUUUCCUUGGGCGAGGUCACUUAGAAGCUAGUUCCUGACUUCUACUCUAGUGUCCCUUUUCCAUAUAUAUAUAUAUAUAUAUAUAUAUAUAUAUAUAUAUAUAUAUAUAUAUAUAUAUAUAUAUAUAUAUAUAUAAUUUUAUUUUUUUUUUUUUUUUUUAAACCAUCACACAGAGCUAUACUGCUGGAUUCCCUUAUACGUGGUUUUUAUGCAGUGAAUAGCUGCAUUUACAUAUUUUAGCAUGAGUGUUCUACAAACACGUUUUUCUUCCUCAUUGUUUAGUGUUUUCUUUUUAUGUGAGGAAACAUUUCUGUAAGUGUGUGUGUAUAUGUAUGCAUAUGUGUAAUAGCUAUAUAUUUAUAUCGUAUAGUAUAAAGUACAGCUAUGGUACGUGGGCUAACUAGAGAUAGGACUUGUAAAUUCACAAUUAAUAUUCCUAGCUAUACUACAAUAAAUGUGUUUAGUAAAUAAUCUGUAAAUACAUUGUACUUGUUCUAAAUUACAUUUUAUUUGUUGCUGCUAGUAAGCCACCUAAAAUUUCUCAGAACCACAUCUGCUAAAAUUAAAGGGACAUUAUAGUCACCUACAUUACUACAGCUUAAUGUAGUCGUUCUGGUGUCUAUAGCAUGUCCCUGCAGUUUAGCAGUGUAAACACUGUCUUUUCAGAGAAAAGGCAGUGUUUACAUUGCUGCCUAGUAACACAUCUAGUGGCAGUCACUCAGAGAGCCACUAGAGGUGCUUCCUAUCUCAGUGCUGCACGAUCUGCAUGAAGUUGCUGAAUGUUUCUUCUUACUGAUGCAGUGAUUCAAUGCAUCUCUAUGAUUAAACGCUGGUUGGCGCAGUGUGGUGUUUUUCCGCAAUAGCCUCCCAAUGCUUUCCCCAUCAAGAUUAAUGAUCUCAGCCAGGGAGAAAAGGUAAGUUUUAACCCUUUCAUCUCGACAGACAGGGUGGUAGGGCAGCUAAACCUAGAUUCCUGCCAUAUAGUGUCAGGAAUACAUGUUUGUGUUCACGAUCCUAUAGUGUUCCUUUAAAGUGUCCCUCUUUGUCUAUUUGAAGUGUUGGGAGAUAUGCAGUAUCACAAAUAAAUUGGGCAAAAAAACAAACCCUUUGUGUUUCAUGCCUUAAGGGCACUUGCACAGUGAGUUUGUAAUCUGAUUUUGGCACCAAAUAAAUCUCACAUUCUUUAUUGAAGCAGGCUUUCCAGAAAAUCAUUCACUAGGAGUUCCAAGGUUACAGUAAUGUUUAGGAAGGCAAACUCUGCUGCAGGAAAUGAUUAUAUCCUUGUUUCAGUCAUUUCUCGAAUGAAUGGCAAUUUAUUACCUGCUGUACAGCUCCCGCAUCUUCAUAGAAACCUUAGAUAAACUCGUACAUCUGAAAGUUUUCAGCAAUUGGUGUUGCUAUGGUGGAAAUAGAUCUUGAAGCUCUGUUUUGUUUUUGUUUGUUUUUUUGCACGUGAAGGAUUAAUCUGGACUCUAUUAAAUAAUUUGACAGUCUUGUAUGUUUAGACAGUAGUAAUGACCAUUUUAAAAAGUAUUCUAUUCUAAUUUGUGAAUAAAACAAAAAUGCUAAAUUUACCCACAAUAGACACAUUACACUAGUCAGUGCUAGUUAUACUACUUUUUUUUUUUUUUUGUUAUUCUUGUUUGGGUGUGUGUUUUAUUUAUUUAUUUUUCUUAAACUACUGAUAUCUUGUGAAGACCACACUUUGUGGCUCUCGAUAGGUACCACUUUGGGGGCCCCCUUCACAAUUAUUAUGAAGACAGUUAGUGGGGCCAAACAUUUUCAUGGUUGCUGCUGGGGCCCCUGAAUAAUCCCUGGGCUUUGUGUCAUCUUCUAGUUAGAAAGCUGUAAACUCGCCUUAAACUGGUGUUUUAAUUGUCAUCCAUUAAUUCUGCUCUUGGCCUACAGGCUCUAAGAAUGUACACAUUGAGUUAAUGCACACAUUAACAUUAAUUAAUGUGAACCAUUAUCGUGGGUAUGGAAUGCAUGUACUAUGAAUUGUUUACCACCGAGGUCUGUGUUGAAGCUCUUAAAGGGACUCUCCAGUGCCGGGGAGGGGGGUGGGGGGGGGGAAUUAGCAAAGGACGGGAAGACCAUCACAUUGCAAAUAAAGAGAAACCCAAUAUUAAAAAAAAAUAAAAUAAAAAAAAAUAAAUAAAAAUAAAAAGUCCCCUUAAAGCGAGUCAGACAUAAAUGUUUCUUUGUUCAAAGGUGUUGAUGCAGUCUUCUAACCAGUAUCCUGUUCACUGAUAGUCAUUGCUACAUUUUUACCUUCAUAUGAUUUAUGUAUUUCUAAUUUGAUAUCUUUCUUACAGUGUGUCGCUCAAACAAAAGCCCAUGGGUCUGUCUAACUUGUUCCAGUGUGCACUGUGGAAGGUGAGUUCUGCACAAUUUUCAAAAAUAUGUUCUGUUUUGUCCAAUUUUAUGGCAGACUUAUGUAUUGGGUACUAAUUGAAAAUGUUCCCUAAAGGGGAUCUGUCAUCUACAAAGUUCUUUUAACUUCAGUACCAAAAACAAGUAUAAACUGUUUUUCAUUUUUAUGUUUUUGAAUGUUAUCUGGUCCAUAAAUCCUCACCCAUCCAGGAUUGGCCUCAGGGCCAAUCCUGGAUGGGUGCACGGGUUGCACCUCGGCCAGGCACCAGAAGGUGGGGAGCGCUGCGAAGAGUGGGCCCGUUACAGAGUGCCUAGGAGGUUGGCCACCUCAGGCACCCUUUGAGGCAGUGGAAUCGCAAUGGUGGGUGGGGGAAAUGAGAUGCCAACAAGGCCCACCUGUUCCUGUGCUACUGCACUAGCUUAGUGUCUGUCUCCUCAGCCUCUCCCUAGUGCAGCACUGAGUGUCCUUUUUCUUGGCAACGAGUAGCUACGCGAAAUAUGCUAACCGGCGCCAAGUGUCAGCCUGCCUCCUUUCCACCACUCGCCGAACCAUAUGAGCAUUGCCCGUAUAGCUACCUUGUGCUUUCUGUAGAGGUGCCGGGAGCUGGAAGGUGAUGUCACUCCAACCCAAUCACCACUGCAGGGCGCACAAGGGAGCUAUACAGGCAAUGCUCAUAUGGAUUAAAGUUCCCUCCGAAGAGCACAGUGGCAGUCCACACUAGACCCCAGGUUGUGGAUCCACUCCAGUUCUCAUAAAGGUAAGCUGUAAUACAAAAAAAAAAUCAUACUGUUGCCACCCACCCACUUAAACCCCAAUUCCCCACAAUGCUGCCCUUAAUCCCCCACACUAAAGAUCCAGUCCCCUACAAUAUGGCUCCUGUCACCAUCACAAUAAAACCCCAAUCCCCCACAAUACUGCUCCUAUCCCACCACACUAAAGCACUUUUUAACGUACGAUACAGCUCCUUUCCCCUCACACUACAGCCCCUAUCCCACCAGAAUACAGCCCAGAUAUUUGGCCUGCUUGGUAAGUGAGUGUGUUUCAAAUCAGUGACGAUGUGUGUCUGUCAUUGAGAGUGUGUGCCAGUGUGUCUCUCUAUGUGUGUGUGUCUGCAGUGAGUGUUUCAAAUCCGUGAGAGUGUGUGUGACUGUCAGUGAGUGUAUCUGAUUACAAUAGGGGUGGGACUUAUAGAUAGACAUUUUUGAAGGGGAGGAGGUUAGUAAGCACUCCCACGGGGGGUGGGUGGGAGAGAGAGGGGGCAAAAUAAUUUCUCCAUCCAGGUGUUUGUAAUAGGGAUCGACCGAUUAUCGGUCUGGCCGAUAUUAUCGGCCGAUAUUUGGUAUUUUCGGCAAUAUCGGUAUCGGCCAAUUUAGAUACCGAUAUUGCCGAUAAUAUAUAACAGGACCGCCGGGCCCAUUACAAGCCCGGCGGUCCUGUGGGGGCCAGCAGCAAGCGCUGACUUACCUUGCAAGCAGCUCCAGCAGCUCUCUGUGUAAAUCUCGCGAGACCCGCGGCCGCAGAGCGUUGCCACGGGUUACCAUGGCAACGCUCCGCGCGGCACUAAGAGCCGCGAGAUUUACACAGGGAGCUGUAGGAGCUGCUUGCAAGGUAAGUCAGCGCUUGCUGCUGCUGAGCCACCACUGUACUUAACAAGCCACUGGACCACCAGGGGAUACUAUAUCCCCCUCCCUGGUAAGAAGCAGGGAGGGGGGACUAAACAAAAAAUAUUUUUUUUUUUAAAUAUUAAAAUAAAAAAUUACACAAAUUACAUCACUACACAAACACACACUGCACACACUCUGCAUUACAUACACACUACACAAACACACAUUAGGGGGGGACUAAACAAAAAAAAAACAUUUAAAUAUAAAAAAAAAAUUUAAAUAAAAAAUUACACAAAUUACAUCACUACACAAACACACUGCACACACUCUGCAUUACAUACACACUACACAAAUACACACUACACAAACACACACUAGGGGGGGGACUAAACAAAAAAAAAACUUUUAAAUAUUAAAAAAAAUAUUAAAAUUACAAAAAUUACAUCACUACACAAACACACACUGCACACAUACUGCAUUACAUACACACACACACUGCAUUACAUACACACUACACAGACACACACACUGCAUUACAUACACACACUACACAGACAGACACACUACACACACACUGCAUUACAUACACACACACUGCAUUACAUACACACUACACACAUACUGCAUUACAUACACACUACACAGACACACACACUGCAUUACAUACACACACUACAUUACAUACAUACACACUACACAAACACACACACUGCAUUACAUACAUACACAAAAACACACUGCAUUAUACACACACACUACAUAAACACACUGCAUUAUAUACACACUACACACUGCAUUAUAUACACACUACAUUCAUUAUACACACACUACACAAACACACACUCUGCAUCCACUACACACACACACACACUACACAAACACACACAGUUCCCAUGUCUAAACACACUUCAUCCACUACAUGUGGCAUGUAUAUUUUGUGCAUUUACCUUUCGAAUUAGUUUAUUUAUUCAAAAUAGUAAAUGUACAGAAUAUCGGCAAGAUAUCGGCUAUCGGCCUGAAAGUUCGCAGAGUAUCGGUAUCGGCUCUAAUAAAUCAAUAUCGGUCGAUCCCUAGUUUGUAACUCUACUCCUGCUCACCAUCAUUUAUACUGUAGUAUAUAUAGUUAUGAGUGCUAUAGGAUUUCUAGAAGAAAAAAGAAACUGCCAGAAGCCAGUAGUCGCUCACCCUCUUCUUCCAAACAGUAAAUGAAGUUUCAAUGGGUCAUAAGAUCCCUACGGUCAGAAGGUAGGGAACGGAGUAGGAAGAGCUCAGAGGGCAGCUCUCCCUAGCUGCCCGCCCACAAUAUUAGUAACCCCCUGCCUCAGCGGGACCCUGAGAUGGUGAGGGCCAGCUCCUGGACCUUCUUUGAAAGAGGCUAACCAGGCAUCUGCCAGGGCGCUUUGGUGGGACGGCGUUUUUUGCCACCUGCUGAAAGUGCCACACAAGGCAAACGCCUUGUUAGCCUUUUUGAAGAUGGUCAGGCUAUAGACACCAGAAGGUUGCAUAAAACUAUGCAUGAAUGCUUAUUUGUAGUAAUAAAAAUCUAAUUUUGCUUUUAAAAUUAAACUCUCUAGUGUUUCUCUAUCCAUUGCUUUUAGUGCUUUAGUGUUGUCAAUGUCAUGUAAAUAUUGCUAGAGGACUUCCUGAUGUAAUCAAUAAGUAACUCUGUAAUGCGAGAGAGCAUGCCAGCCUCUGACUGCUGGGUUAAAUAUUUUCCCUGUUUAAAGUCAUGCUUGCGUCAGGAAACACAUACUCGAUGGGAGACUAGACAAAACCAUUUGUAGUCAAAAAAACAUUGCUUUAUUUGAUCUCUGGAGGCAAGUACUCCUGGGUUUUAAUCCCUUCAUCAUUUUAUCCUACAUGGGUUUAUUUAUGGAUUUUUAUUUAUUGCUGUGAUGUCAGAUAUUCCUGUUUGGCACUAAACCUUUUACUUUUGGAUGGAUGAGAUCACCUCUGUCCGUGUAUAUUUCUUUAGCCUGUUCAAUUACCUAGGUCAGUAGGAAAUCGUAUGUGAGCCUAAUGAAUGCGAUUUGGUAGCUGGUAACAACAAGGAGAAUUAAAAGGAAAAUAGGUUGCGCCCUUUUCCCCUCUGGAUAUAACAACAAGGAGCCUGCUUAAACACAACCACUGGAACCACAGUGUUGCACCGUGCUUCACGGACCACUCAGAGGAUAUCUUUUCAAUCGGUGUGUGAUGACCAAUACAGCAGGGGCUACAAACAUAUGGUGGUAUUCUUUCACUUACAGGAUAUCAGGGAACGGAAAUGUCUUUAAUAGCGUUAUGGCCUUCCCACGUGUUAUUUUGGGACAUAGAAUUUGGAUCCAGUAUGUUUAGGACAUUGACAUUAUAUUUAAAUGGUUACUCAAAAUGUAUUUAAAAAUGUAUUAGGUAUCCAAACAGCAUUUCAAAUUUACACCAUAUUAGUGAAACAAUCUCCCAAAUCAGUAAUAUUUGGCUGUUUUACCGGAUAAAUUGAAAUUCAAUUAGAACACACACUUUAGUGAACAACUCCAUUACAGGCUUUAGAUUGGACAACACUGUUUAAGAUUAAAGUAUUGUUUUCUCAGUGGUAAAGGGACUGUACUCUGUAAUAUUUAGAGUCUAGUGUAAGUGAUUCACCCUGAAUGUUGCCAUUGCUUUUAAUACAGCCCUCUAUUUAUAGAGAAUUCAUUAAACGGACACCGUAGACCCCGAAAGCACUUUAGCUGCGUCCCCCCCCAUAUUUAAUAAAAAGAGCAGACUUUUCUAAAUCAGUUGCUCAGCACGUGCGUCUUUCAAAGAAUUCUCAUUGAGCUGCAUUGGGAAGUCUGUAAUUGGACAGACACAGAAAGACAUUUGGGGGAAAGUGUAGGCUGCAGACAAGAAAUCUACAGCAUUUGCAAGCCUAUACUCCCAAUGAAAAAAUGCACAAUUAAAUGCAUUAAUGUUUUCAUGUGAGGUGUAUCUACUUAACAUGUUCUUCUUGGUAUUUUUAAAUUCUCCAGUUUGUGGAAUUAAUAAAAGUUUGAUAACGCUAGCAUUGAUAAAGGGCAAUCGCUCGAAAUGUUUGCAACUUAGAUUUUGUCCUUCCAAUAAAUAUGGUAUUUAAAUACCAGUUGCGCAUUACUCCAUUUUUUUUUCUUGUUUGGAUAUACACUGGAGGAACUACAGUGGGAGUUUUUAUGCUGCACAGUUAUACUGUUGUUACUGCUUAUUGAAUCAGUGCAGGCAGACCUCUUAGUGCAUAGUGACCUCCUUUCAUCUAUUUCUGGCAUGUAUUGCUACCAACAGAUAUGUGAAUGGACAUGCCAAGAAGCAUUACGAGGAUUCCCAAUCUCAGACCGCUAGUCACAAACGGCAGGAAAAGCCAGAACCAGAGAGAACACAACACACUGUAUGUAUGGACUGCAGCAGCUACAGCACAUAUUGGUGAGUAGUUGUAGUGUUUCCAUCUCUUGAUUGUUGAUGCUUCUGUUGGUCCCAUCCCAGUUUAGAAAAUACAAGCCCUAUAGUGUGGGAUCCUGCAGCUAUAUCUGAGGAAUGUAUAUGUGAGAUCUAAAUAUCCCCUUUCUAUCUCUGUUGUGCAGUUAUCGAUGUGAUGACUUUGUAGUAAACGAUACGAAGCUGUGUUUGGUCCAGAAGGUCCGAGAGCAUUUGCAGAACUUGGAAAAGUAAGUAUUGCAGGAACGCGUGCAGUUUGUCUGUUCUUGAUUUUUAUAAAGUUGGUUCUAAAUUAAUUAUAAUCAAACUCGUAUUUAAUUAGGAGCAAAACACAAAUGUGCGACCCAAACACGUUUUGGUCUCUUCUUUUCCUUCUUUUUUUCUAUUUUUUUUUUUUGUUUUGUUUUUUAAAUUCCAUUUCACCAAUGCUCUGAGUGUUUUCUGUGCAAAGUUUAAGUUGGCAAAAACAGGUACUCACUUAACCAUCACAUAGUUUGCAAAGUGCAGUGAAUAAAGAAUAUUAGAAUGUGUUUGUGUUUUAUCAGUAUAUUGAGUCCAGUUUUUAAGAAUUAUUCAUUUUUAUUUAUUUAUUUAUUUAUUUUUUCAUUUAAAGCAAUACUUUAUAAACAGAAAUAUACAGAAAUAUUUAUAUUUUUUCAUUAGUACCUGUAGGUUGCCUGCUGGCUGGUUAUUGUAUCCAUCUCUCUCUCGGUAGCUCAGCUUUCACAGUGGAAAGGCACCGGAAAAGAAAAUUCUUGGAAAACUCUGCACAUAAUAAGAAACUGCUUAAAGUAAAUGUAAGUAUCAAUUUACUAAAUCCCACCAUCUGAUAGUUCAAACGUAUUAAUAAUAAGCUAUAUUGUCAGGCUAGCCAACUUGCAUGGUUUCCUGUAAGCUAAAGGGUUUGUGGAAAAGCUUUGUGCAUUUUAUAUAAGAUGGACUUUGUCAUUGAUCCUUGAAUAAAGUUUAGGUAUUAACUGCUCCACUUUUUUUUUUUGAGUACAGCAGUAGAGGAAUACAGAGUACGGCAGAAUUUCUGCUGAAUUAGCCAUCUAAUUAGGUUAUACCCCACAACUACCUUUUUACGUUAAGGCAUUUUCAGCUUUCUGUAAAGGCACCCUAACCAUAAAUGUAGCAGCAGACUCAUAAACUCAAUUAAAGGGCUUUUUUUUUUUUUUCUUGCUCUCUCUUGCUAAAGAAGCCAGUAGCAACAGUAUAAUUAACAAAUACCAAGAUUUGUAACUUAUUUGGGGCUCCAGUGGGUAUUAUAGGCACUCUGCCCAGCUUUUGUAGGGAUUGCAUUGUGAAAUUGUUAAAACAUUCUUCCAACAUAUGGGAGAUCUCUUUUCUAUCUGAUGCCCAGUUAGUUCACCAAACCUUGGUAACAUUUAAAUAUGAAGUCCCAACAACAAUGCUUUAAAAUAUUUCUUUGUAUCGUUCCUGGCAUCUGUCCUAGGAUUGAUUUGACACAACUGCGUCUUUAUCAAGUCUUGAUAAAUACUUUCAGGAUUAUUUACUAAAGUGAAACUUGUUGGGAAUUAAAAUUUUAAAUUUAAGGCUAUUGGAUGACUCCAGACAGCAAAGCAGACUUCCCCACACUGUAAUACUACAGUAUCUGGGUCGGCUCCUGUAUCACCACUUGUUCACAACAUGCAUAUUCAAAUAUGUGUUCCAGACAGUUAAACAACCACUCUGAGCAAGUACUGAAUUGAUCCUUCCUGUUAUUAUCCCUUUAUACACUCUCAUCAGUUAUGUUCUCCUUAAUAUAAUCUCAUAGCACACAGUGCUCAUGAUCAAUCUAUGUCCUUUUCACCUAAGCAAUGUUAGCACUGUAAGCCUGAAUAGCAAUGCUUUCAUCUUUAGACUCAAUCUUAUGUUAUCUCAUUUUAUGUUGCUCUCUUUAUUAUUGAUGCCUUCUCAGUUUAACACCUGUUUAUUAAUAAUAUAAAACUGUGCAGACUAUCUAUUUGCCACUGUUUUUGUGUUCCAUUUUUAUAGGGCAGCACCACAGCUCUGUGUGCUACUGGCCUCCGCAAUCUGGGGAAUACCUGCUUCAUGAAUGCAAUUCUUCAGUCACUCAGGUAGAGAUAUUUGGGAUAGAUAGAGCUAAGCAUAUUGAUAUAGACUGUUUGCUUUGUUAUUGGAAUUUCUGCACAGUUUGGAGAUUUGUCUACUCUAUUUUAAACAGUUGGUUUUUCUCUAGUUAAUAUAUACCAACAUGAGCAUCUGAUUCCAAAUAUGUGCCACAUUCUGAUGACAUAUCCGUAGCAUUAUGACGAACAUGUACCUGGUAGAGUUCCCCCGUCAACAUACUCUUUCUAAUAACCUGCUCAAUCUACCCAGUAUAAAUCGGCAUCUCUAAUGAUGUUUUUCUCUUGCAGCAACAUCGAGCAGUUCUGCUGCUACUUCAAGGAAUUGCCGGCAGUGGAACUUCGGAAUGGUAAAACCGCCGGACGUCGGAUCUAUCACACGCGUAGUCAAGGGGAAGUUAACGUGUGAGUAAUUCACUUUCUUGAAGUUUCAGGUUAUUUAAAUCAUUUUAAUUUUUUUUGCCAUAGACAUUUAUUUUAUUUUUUUAAUCGUUCAAUUUUAAUUUUUUUUUUUUUUUUUGUCUUUCUAACAUAAAAUUUAAAUAGAUCCAUUUGGACUUAUUAUCUAUGCCUUGCUUGCAAAUUGUACAAGAAAAAGGUGCUCUGUGCAAUUAGGCGCUUAACAAUAAUAUAUAAAUAGAACAGCAGCUCAAACACGCAUGCAGGUAUCCCAAUCCUACACAAACACAAUGUGAAAGAAAAAAAGUGAACUUAGUGGAUCGUACUACCACCAAAAGAUCACUCAGUGGAGCGCUAAAUAUCAAAUUCUUACCCCUAUUGGAAUAACGUAUAUAUCACUUUAAGGGGCAGACAGCAUAAUAAAAUCUACAACAAGAAAAUACACAUCAUGGUGCAGUAUACUUGUAAGGUGUGAAUGGAGUGGAAGAAGAUGUAUGUCCAACUCACAUGGUAAAGAGCCUGGAGAUUGGCUCAAAUCACAACAGCUGAGGUAUGUUUGGUAAUACCAGACCUUCUCCAGAUAUACAGCUCACAACAUAUGUGGAUAAAAAAGGACAAAAAUCCUAGUGCAAGUAUGUUUAAAAUAAACAAGUGGUCACAUAUAACAGUGCAUGAAUGUGCUCACCUGGAAUAGAGCCAAUUGUACUAGGCUCUAUGUCCUUUUUGUCCUUUUUUAUCCACAUAUGUUGUGAGCUGUAUAUCUGGAGAAGGUCUGGUAUUACCAAACAUACCUCAGCUGUUGUGAUUUGAGCCAAUCUCCAGGCUCUUUACCAUGUGAGUUGGACAUACAUCUUCUUCCACUCCAUUCACACCUUACAAGCAUACUGCACCAUGAUGUGCAUUUUCUUGUUGUAGAUUUUAUUAUGCUGUCUGCCCCUUAAAGUGAUAUAUACGUUAUUCCAAUAGGGGUAAGAAUUUGAUAUUUAGCGCUCCACUGAGUGAUCUUUUGGUGGUAGUACGAUCCACUAAGUUCACUUUUUUCUUUCACAUCUUGCUUGCAAAUUACCUAACGUAUUAUUAAAAAGAAAAUAUCUUAAUGAAGCUGGGAUUUUUUUUUAAUGAGCAACAAAACUGUUUGAGAAUCUGCUCAUCCACCUACAGACAAGCUGUUACUGUUUGGUAUUAACAGCUUGCUCUUAUCCGAUAUUGAAAAAUUCUCCUCUUGGUGGGGUACAGUUUGGAUUGACAGUGUAUUUAUAUCUGUGUUUUGGCCUGCUUCAUAAAAAGUUCUACAUUGAGUGCUGGGAAGCUGUUAAUUAACUUGGAAAUAGGCCGGUAUUGCAUACAACUGAGUGACCACAUGACUAUUCGCUAAAGAAUUCAAAUUUAAGGUCCAAAAAUCGCCAAACUGGAAAAAUUAUCUGAGCUAUGCUUCCAGCAUAUUUUAAAUAUAGUCAUUGCUAUAAACCCUUUACUAGAAUGGCAGUAAAAAAAAAAAAAAGGUAUUUAUUAAAUUAUGGUAUGGCUCACCAACAUGGAGAUAUGCUUCAUCUUGUGCUCUCUGUGAGGACGGUACUAAUUCGGUAAUGUAAGAUCCAGAAACCAGUACUAGGUGGACUUCUGAGCUAUUUUAAAUACCAGGAGCCUUGAAACUACAUAUAGUAUCGUAAUUCUGAAUUAAGUACUGUUACCUACAAUGGAUAUCCAGUGAUAGGCUAAGAAGGUCAGCUGACUCUCUCUGCCAACCUGUCACCAGUGCCCACGCAAACCUUUCAGAUCAGUGCUGAGGACAGAAGUGGCAGUGCAGGUCGGUGUCUGGGGGCAAAAUGGUAUAAUUAAACUGUUCAAAAAUGGUUUAACCCAAUAUAUUAAGAAGGUGCCCAGGGACUAAACCCCUCGUUAAGGCUUUAUUGUGAUAAUGUUAUGGGGCCUGUAGCCUGGCUAGAGAGUUGGCUUGUCACUGACCAAUCCCCCAGCCCAUUCCCUACCCUAAAAUCUCAUAUGAAUGAAAAAUGGAUUAAUGAUAAAAAUGAAUGCCUCCAGUUGACUAAAUUAAUGCCCUUGAUUACAGGGUUGUGAAACCCAUUGCUGUAUUUCAGGCUCAGAAAGGAAUUUUUGCUUAUGAAUCAAUAUUUUUUUUUUUUUUUGCCUUCCUCUAUAUCAUUGGGCUUAGGCAUAAACAUGUAAAAUAAAGUUAAAUUAAAAGAAAGUAAACUGAUAAAAGACCUUCAAACCAAUAUUCCAAGAAAUGUUAUAGUUGAAAAGGUAUUUCCAUUUUAAACCAACCCGUCCAUUCCUAGUGGCAAGUAAUAGAAUUUCCAAACUAUGAGUCUUUACAUACUGUCUAAUCUCAUAAAGAAGCAAAAUAAUGAAUUGGACACAAAUGCAACUUAGAAAAAGAAUGUCAACUUAGAAAAAAUAUAAUAAGUUAUUUCUAAGAUCACCGGUACAGCACUCUUGUGUUUUUGUUUUUUUUAUGUUUUGAUUAUAGCAUCACAUACAGCAUUGGGCUGUAAGAAACAGAAUACAAUGGUGGCAUUAUUUUCUAUACCAAUUCUAUCUUGUGUUUUUAUGGAGCAAAAGCAAUCCACUUUGCACAGAAGUUUCAGAGCCCUCAAACUGGGAUGUUUGGAGUGAUUUAAAGUUUAGGGACAUCCCUCCCCUCCCUUCUUACUUAAUAGAUACUCUAAUUAUUGUGGGGAUAUUUAUGGGAUAAUAAUAGUAAACAGUUGAGAAUUGCCCACUAAUUCAAUUCCCAGAUCCCAAAGAACGUUUAUCGUGUUAAGUGGAAAGUAUUUCAUAUAAAUAAUCACAAUGUAUAAAAAUAGAUUUUUAUUUAUAUGACAAAUUAAUAAUAAUAAUAUUAUAUGUAACAUGCAUAACAAUAAUCAAUGAAUAUUCAGUAUAAAACGAUAUGCAAUACAAAGAAAUGGGUAUUACGUUUCAAUGGCUAAACGGCAUUUUCUGUCAAGACUUCUACGAUUUAUGACUAGCUUUCACAGACUGAAAGUGAAACUUUUCACAGGGAAGAACAGAAUUCCUCAGAGUGCAGCGUAAGGUCGUAAAGUUUAGCAGACAGUUAGAAUAACCCUUUCAAUGCUGGCUAGAUCUCCUAGGUAGUUAAGAUCUAUUCUUAUGUAAUUUUUUAAUAAAAUAACAUUUAAACCAGUUCACUAGUCAUUUUCUUAAACCAUCCAAUAAGAGAGUCUAACAUUAUAUAAGCAGAUUUUUAAUUUGUCUAAAAGAUAUCUAUCUUAAUUUAGAGCAAAUCAAUACACCUGGAUAACAACAGCGGUAUGCUAACACGUGAUAAUAUCACAUCAAUAUAUAAUUAUUCUUAAUUCCACCUGCAGAAUGGAAUGUUUAUAACUAUAUAUUCUUAGUUAACUAAGAUUUCUUAAUAUGGAAAUCUGACCGUGCUUUAUCCAGUCAUAUAUAAUGCUAUUAAUACAUUUUAAUUAAUUUAAUUUAAUUAAAUGAAACCAGUAUAAUUACCAGUUGAGUAGAUAUUUCAUCCGAUUGGUAGUCUCUCUGCAUGGAGGUGUUGGUUAGAAAGUCAGUAAAUUCUAAGUGUUAGAGUUUUAGGAGUAGAGUGUUAGUCUCAGAUGUUGUCCGAGUUGGAGUCCCCAAACUUCCAAUUCCUCUCUCCUCUCCUUUGCAUAUCUUGCAUCUGCCUCCUCUCUCGUAUAUCUCUAUCUUCCCUUUGUCUUAACUUUUAAAGGGCCAGACUCUCUGUACGUCAUCAGUUGAUAACCCAAUAGAAGCACUAGAGGUGUGGUUAUCUUCCAGAUCGCAAAUUAGGUAUUUGGUCUGUAGAGGGCAGUCUUGUCCCACUAAACAUACCUAUCCAGGAAAGAGUUAACUUUUCCUGGUGGCUAUUUUGACGUCAUUUUGCUUAUCUCAAAUGACCACUAUAACUUACGUAUCCUUCAAAGAUCAAAGGGUUUCUUAAAUUUUGUCCAGACUAUGUGUCUGCAAAUCUGAGUUUUUUUCUGAUAUGGCAGAUCAUGAACUAAGUUUACCCUUUUCCAUACAAUGGUACCUUAUAUAUAUAUAGACCGUUAAAUAUUAAAUUAUUUAAUCUUCUCUGUCACAAUUGUCUGGGUUUAGAUUUGAUUAUAUUCUUCUUAUCACUUGUUUAUACUAUGCAUUCCUUAGCUCUGGCAAAGAGGCCAGUCUUACAGAAAGAAAUCCUGUGUCUCUUUGUCUUUGUUAACUUGGAAUAACAAAAUGGAGUCUGGUCUGUUCAGAGUGACUCAGAAUAUACACUUUUAGUUUCUAUCUUAGCACAAAAUGUCUGCCGAUAUAAAUACUCUGACAUUAUACUAACCACUACAGCACUCAGAAGUGGUUGUGUUGCUACGAGUCCCCUGGUACUGUCUCACAGUCUGCUGUCGUUAACAAAUGGAUUUCCAUUUACCUGUUUUUGUUGGGAGCCUGCAGUUCGCCAAGUCUGUAAUGAUAUGUUAAAGCAGAAAUUCUUCAAUGCAGACUGGGAUGCUCCCUUGUGCCAAGCGCAGCCAGGUGGGUGUCAAACCAUUCACAAAGGGGCUUACAGUGCCCCUUUCACUGGCAUCUUCCCAAAACAUAGAAUGUAAGAUGAGGAAUGUUUAAAUCCCUGGCGAGCCUUAUUUUCUCUGCUGAGAAUUCUUGUUAAAAGUAAGGGAAUUUAGUACUUGUAACCACUUAUUUAGCGUGACAGUGAUGUUUGGCAUGUUGAAAAAAUAGUAAGUACUACAGCUGUAAAGUAAUGUAACAUGAAAUCCCUAGAUAAAGAGAGAAACAUCAAGGACAGUUGAGAGCUGGAGUUAAACCUUCUUGUGGAUUAAAUAAAGGCAGAAGGAUGUCCUCUGCAAAGACCUGCCUUCCUUGGUAGGGGAGUAUAAAAUAUUGUUUUAAUAAAUCUAUUUUCUGGUGAUUGCUUUAGCAGGAUGUAUAUUGUUAACUAAUAAACCCAUAAAACACACCUUGACUUCUACAUCUUGUGGAUAAUCUAUUCACUCACACUGCUUCGAAAUAUGAAAAUCUAGUCUGGCUACACGGUCUCCCCUGAUUUAUUGGAAGAGAGAAGUAGUGCAGGUAACUGUAUCUUUUGCCAGUACAGGGAAUUGAGAUUAAAAAAAACUAAAAGCAUCUACUGAAAAAUACUGAAAAGAAAACUAAAUUCUCAAAUUUGGCGAUUAAAUCCUAGUGUCUAUAUUUAUUUUUUAAAUGUUGGUGUUGUAGCUAUAUUUUCUGUUCCUAAAGCUCACUGAUAACAAAGUUAUUUUUCAGUGGUCCUUUAUCUGAUAUUUGGACAGUUUACAAUUAAAACUCAUUGCAAAUACACAACCUCUUCUUCUUCCCAAUUGGUUGUUUUGUGUCUUUGAAAUUUUUCCAACAUUUUCAUUCUUUUUUGAAAAGCAGUUAGAAAUAUUUUAAUAAGUAACUGAAUGAGCAAUCAGGAACAAGAUGUGAAUGCUGGUAAGUGUUGUAGAUUCAGACUGAGUGACAUGUUAUGUUUUUUUUAGUGUGGUACACUGAAUAUCUGCAUGUUUGUUUUGUUUUUCUUUUUGUAGGUCUUUGGUUGAAGAGUUCAGGAAGACAUUAUGUGCAUUGUGGCAAGGCAGCCAGACAGCAUUCAGUCCAGAAUCCUUAUUUUAUGUGGUAUGGAAGAUCAUGCCAAACUUUAGGUAAUUGGAUUGAUAGCUCUUCAAAAUUGGAUAGAUUACAUGCAUUUUUAUUAUACGUUGAAUAUAGUCUUGUUUUCAUUUACAUAUUGUGAUAUCAUCUAAACAAAAGUACUGUCCUAAAUGUAUGUAAUGUAGUGCUCCUGUGGUACAGCAUCUUUCCUUGGCACAAAGUAAAUUUAAACCACUUUUAUGAAAUGAGAGAGAGAGAGAGAUUGUUAUAACCCUGAUUUGAUUUCACUCCUUCCCUUGCAUUACUUGUACUAUAGAAUCCUUGACAACUCUGUUCAUUUCCUGUUUCUGGAGCACUUUGUCACCCCUAAUGAUAUAUAUAUUUUUUUUAUGUAUUUUGAUGACAAAGGCAUGUAGGUUUUUUUUUUUUUUUUCUGGGCUACAUGCCUUCAAUAAUGAAUAUAAACAAACAGAAAUGUACUGUGGAUGUUAUGGUGGAAUUUCCCUUGUAAAGGGCAGUGUUUAGAGUAUGUUCAGUCUAGAUUUUGUUAGAUCGGGUAUUCUAAGUUGCAUGGGAACGCCAUUAAAAGCCACAAUGUUUACUGUACAAAUAGUUAUAAAGAACAAUGUGACGUUAAAUGAAAGUGGUUUUUGUUUUUUGUAUUUAAUUUUUUCUUCAUCUAGCAAAUAUGUAUAUCUCCUAUGUGAUAUAUAUUUUUUUUAAUAUACAUUUUAUUUUUGUGCCUAGUGUGAUGUACUGUAUCUCUAUAAAGCUUUUCUAGGAAAAAUAAAUAAACAAGAAAAACAUGAAAAUUAACUUCAUGAUCACAUUAUUCAAGUCCGUUGAUGCUGGGUUGAUCCCAAAAGCAAAGUGUUGUGCACAUAUUGGAUGUUUACUGAAAUACACCAAAGCCAGUGGUUCUCUUCUUAAAGUAGAGUUUGCAUGAGUAGGCUGGCUGGUAGGCCAUUUCAUAUACUAUUUUGUUUCUAAGAGCUAACCUGUAUCUUUUUCAGGGGUUAUCAGCAGCAAGAUGCCCAUGAGUUCAUGCGCUAUCUCUUGGACCAUCUCCAUUUAGAACUGCAAGGGGAGCUUGAUGGCUCUUCCCAAGCAAUCAAGUCACCGGCAAACACCAGUCAGUCAACAAGCAGCAAGUGUUGUAUGUGAGUAACCAAGGGUAUUAAUACAUUUAUCUUAGUCAUAAGCUCCCUUCAAUUUAUUUUAUUAGUGACAACGUUGUAACUCCAUACUUUUUUAUCCUAGAAAUGGUGCAACAACAGUGGUGACGUCUGUGUUUGGUGGUGUUCUUCAGAAUGAAGUAAACUGCCUAAUAUGUGGAACAGAAUCCAGAAAAUUUGAUCCAUUCCUAGGUAUGGUUCCUUUCUCACGUACUGUAGUAUAUCUGUAACAUCUCUGUGUUAAUUAAAAGCACACUCCACACACACAAAGCAAUACAGCUCGGAGUCUGUCCUCUUGGCAGUUUAAAAAAAGUGCUAAUUUCAAUAGAAAAACUAAUACUUUAGUAACUUUUUGUAGUUUGAGGCUUUCCUCUUGCAUUGGCUGCACAGAGCUUACAGAAGCGGCAAGUGCACUGUGUUAUUGUGUGCCUGCCUACCGCCAAACUACACACAUGCUUCUCAAUGAGACGCCUAUGAUCGGAGCAUUCCUUGGAACAGAAUGAAAGUGUAUGGUGGAGGAAAAAAAAAAAGAAUGACUUGCAAAGAAAAUGUGCAGGAAAAAAUUACAUGCAUGUGUUCUUUGCGAAUAUAUCUGAAACACUGUAAAAAAAUAAAAUAAGAAAAACAUGUUCAAUGGAGUGUCCCUUAAACUUUCUAACAAGAUCUAGCUGCUAAGUCAGAUAUCGAGCACUCGUUUCAAUGGAAAAUGAGUCUGUCUCCAUUUUCCACUAUCUUCUAAUAAAGCAAAUUUAGUCAAAUGUGGCUUAUGCAAAUAUUUCAUUUUUAGCUUGAUUGGGUAAUAGUUUUAUAGACUUAAUGUUUGCACUAGCAACUAAUAAAAACCAUUCAAGGAAAUUCCAGUCUCGCAUUUGAUAUUUAUCGUCUUGUUAAACGGUUGGUGAGCAGUUAGCUAAAUGUGCUCAGUCACAAUCUCACUGUUUAAAUACAUUAAAACACCACAUUUACCCAUAUCGGACCAGGUGUACAGGACUUUAUACUCUAUGGGAAACACUCAAGUUUUGCCAAUCACAGUCCUGUUGAAGAAGCGCUAACAACACUUCAUGGUAAAUGCAUUGCGUUCUAAAGGACCUGAAAACACUCUUCCAAAAAAUAAACUAAACUGUGUGGUGUUUGUUCUGCUGACGCUUCCAUUAACGUCAAGUUAGUGGAGGUGUUUUUGUUGGCACACAAUCCUACAGUGUUAUCUAAUGAUGUCUCAAUCGUUAUGCCUACUGAAGAACAAAUACUCUUUGCAAUUUAAAUAUAGUAUAUACUACGCACUGUGGACUAAAUAGUGCAGGGCUUAGUGCCAGGUGGAUAAUGCUAGAACUAUACUGGGCUCCACCUAUGACUAGUACAAAUACCAAGAAUCAAUAGGAGAUUGAAUUCUAAACACUCUAGAACAAUCCAACCUAAUGCACAAAAUGGCAGCCCAAUAUCAAAAUGUGUAUUUAUAGUAAGUAUUUCCAAGGGUGAAUGGGCUCAUAACUACAAAUCCUGUCGAUAAAGGAAAUGGGCUAACUGUAUAAAGCUAUUGUAUAAUGUCUCAAACCGGCAUUAUUGUUCAUUUUGUUUAUUGGCAACAUAUUGGUUGGUGUGUUAGACACUAUUUUCACAGUUUAUUUUUAGUUCUAUGGACUUAUAACUUGUUUUUUUUUUGUUUGUUUGUUUUUUUUUUUCUUAUACUUGGUCCAGUUGUUUCCUACUUCUUACAGAGGAUCUCUUUUUAGAAAGUUAAGCUGGGUAAUGUAGGUUCUUGUGUUGAGAAGUUAGGUCUUAGUCAGUAUAUAGUACGCAGUCUGUUUCUUGUUCUAUCUGCGAAUAAUGAAAGUUGUUGCAGAGGUAAUCGUUUAAUAUUGAUGAUCUCAGCCAGUCCAAUGUUAUCCUAUAGGAAGGCUUUGGAAAGCUAUUGCGCAUGUGCGGUAAAUGCUGCACUGUGCCAAUCAGCAUCUCCUCAUAGAGAUUCAUUGAAUGGAUGCAUCUCUGUCCACAGCGUUCAGCGUUUCCAUGCAGAGAUAGGAAGAGUCUUUAGUGACCGUCUGAGUGACAACCACUAGAGGUGUUACUAGGCAGGCAUGUAAGCUUUUUUUUCUGAAAAAGCAGUGUUUACAAAAACCGGCUAUAGACACAAGAACUGCAACACUAAGCUGUAGUGGUUCUGAUGAAUAUAGUGUUCCUUUAAGACACUGUAUGUAGGGAUUUAUACUUUACCUAGGUUAAACAUUCUACGCCAUUUGAACAAUCAGGCUUUUGAGUCAAUGGUGGACUACACAUAUAUUCUGACAAUAUACUCUUGUGAACUGCCCACAGUGGCCAGAAAGCUAAUAAAUGCAGAAGUGGGACUUCACCGGAGACCUUUUCAAUGUUCACUUCUUUUAAAACUCAAAACCCUACUGACAGAGACAAUUAGUUACUCUGAACCUGAGGGAGUGGAUAUUGUGUACAUACUUUGUUUAAAUUUUGUAUUGAACCUCAUUGUGUCUUCACUAGGCUUGAUCGUAUUUGUUCCUUUCAAGAAUUGGCAGACUUUACUAGUGCUCCUUCAGGAAGUAACUUGAGACAUUUUAGACCAAAUGUUUGUCUAUUGUCUACUAAAUACAAAUAUACGCAAAUCCCUCUGACAUAAUAAGUAACCCCUUUCUUAAAAUAUUGCUGUGACGUGUAUGAUCCUGAUCUCUUCUUUCUUUUAAAAGAUCUCUCUUUAGAUAUUCCAAGUCAAUUCCGUAACAAGCGUUGUAAGAACCAAGAUAAUGGACCAAUCUGCACACUCCGAGGUAUGAAUUGAACCGUUCCCUGGCUUAAAUUUUGUUUUGUAAAGAUUGUAGUUUAAGGAAAAAGCCCAAGUGCAGUUAUGGAAGAAAAUGUGUGACGGAGACUCAUAACCGUAAUAUUUUAAAUUUUUAUCCUGAUCACUGCUUUAAAACAGCCUUUUUUCUAAGCAAAGGCCAUGGCAGCGCUAUGUGAAUAAGUGCUGCCAUGGCCUGUUACCGGGAAGAGCCACUACAGACAUAGUAGUCCAUCUGUGCAUGUACAGUAGCCGUGGGAGUGGGAAAAAGCAGUAAGUAGGGAAGAGCUAAAUUAGAAAGGUGGGGGAAGACAAGCAGACGAGGGAGUGAAAAGGGGGGGAAGGAGAAGGGAAAGAUCUCUGCUCACCAACUGAGUCCUCAGAGGACAUGGCUGUUUUUCCAGCCAUACCUAUGGCAGCACUUAGUACUGCCAUGGUCUAUUGCUGGUGGGAAAGUAAUAUAUUGACUAGUGUGGAAUCCUUUUCCGUUUUAUUUUGCACCACAUGAAGAAAAGGAGUAUAUUAACCUCCCUUCCUUAUCAUGCAAUAUGUCCUACUGCAAGGCCUUCUUCUUUGUUGCUGCUCUCUUGAUAAUAAAAAGGAAGUAGCUAAACAAUUGUCAGAAAAUUGUCCUCCAAUAUAUGUGUAUGGGGCUAGCACCAAGCAUUUAUGUCAGUGCUGUCCCAGCCUGCGCAAAAGGUGCUCGUAACAUUACCUGCAUACUUCUCAUAUGUGUAGCAUAUAUUUCAAUGCGAACUAUAUGAAGUUAUUGCAAGCACUUGUGUAAAUGCUUUCGCAUGUAAUUGCUCCCAGUGGUAUCUGGGAAUUUCUAUAUUACUUAAGUAGUUAAUUUUACUGGUUUGAAACCAAAAUUGCAGCUAGACUCCACUCUACCUAUCCGUAUACUCCAAGAUGUCUGACAUUGCCUCUGUUCUCUAUUUAGUUACUUAAUUAAAAGAAACCUUCAUAACAAAAAGCAUUCUAUCUUAUUGAAGCAAUUUUUUUGUGAAGAGUGUGACGAUAUUUUCAUUGGGGGAUAUAGCUACUCGACAAUGAUUAUUUAUUAGUAUUUACAUGUGUAUUUCGGCAGUGGAGUGUCUCUUUCCUUGAAAUGUACUCGCUUCCGCCAAAGACUCUAUAACUGGUUAAAAAACAAACAAAAAACCUGUCACUUCUCCAUCAAAAGAUAAUAGAAUAGACAACUAUACACCUGAUCUCCAAAUUCAGAUUGUACCUUGGGAAAUGUGAUCUCACAUUAUUAUUAUUAUUAUUAUUAUUAUGCUUUCUCUUGAAAGCACCCAGCCAUUCUGGUUACCAUGGAAAUGGAGAACUCUGAAAACCCACUUCACAUAGUUCCACCUCACACCUAUUGCUGGGUGUCCUGGGUUUCCUUCAGCCUUCACUCCCAAUCUUAUGCGAUGUUAUACUGCACAUAGAAUCCUGGAAAUUCUGAAAGAUAGACCCUUACUUACUCCAUCCACUCUCGAAGUACCUUAACCACAUUUCUUACUUCACCAGUUUCAAUAGCAUCUACUUUCACAAGGGAGCUCCUUUUUGAAGAAUGUAGCUGUUUUCCUUCCUCCCCCUCAAACCUCUCAUACAUAGCAUAUAGUUUACAUUCAAUAGAGGAUUCCAAUUGCCUUUUUUUUUCCCCCAAGAUUUGUUAAAGUGACCUUAGGGGCACCAAUGCAAUGUUGAAUUAAUAUGCUGUAUUUUUGCAUGCUCAAAUCUUUAGUUUUUGCACAAAAAAUAAACGUUUAGCAGAAUGGUGCACCAUAAAUCUGCCUCCUUAACUACACCCCUCAUGCCAGAAAGACUUUCUUCUCAAAUGCGUGCACGCAAGUCAGCCACUGACCUCACAGAGUGAGCUGCUUUUAAUUAAUAACCCAGCUCCUGACUGUCCGUGAAGCAACAAACAAGCAGUGAUUUCCUUAACUACAUGUCUCCAAGAGAUCGGUUUUAAAAUCCCCGCUGUAAAACUCGCCAACAAGAUUCUGGAAUUGCGUACAUUGGAUACACAUUUGGUGGUUUUGCUCGUAGUUACAAUUUCAGCAAUUGCCUUUUUUAUCAAGCAUGUACACAAGAAGCCAAUACCCUACCAACCUUUCUUUCACAUCACUCUUAAACUGUGCUCUCCACCUAUAGGAAGUCUCAUACCCCAUUAAUACAAGAAGUCUUGUAUAACUUUCUGAUGUACAUGGAUGCCCCCAGUUGAAUCCAGUGACAUACCCAACCAAUGCAACAAGGGCACAUCAACUUUAUGAACUGAGAACCUACACUCCCAUUUACAUUAUAAGAUGAUCCUCCAUAGAUUUCACUAUACCUUGUCAAUAGCCACCAAAGAAAAAACAAAAUUGCCCUCCAUUUUUCUUCCUGUUCUGACACCGUGCUGCACAAUGUGAAGAACCUCACCUUAAUCUUCCAUGUUUCUGCUCACUUACAAUCAACCCAAUUUCUUUCAGUUCAAUUCAAUCUCCCUCCACCCCUGCUUACUGAGCGUUUCCUAUAUUUAAAUACCUACCACUCUGAGUUGCCGUAAACCAAGAAUGUAUAUAUUAAAAUAAAAAGGUCUUACUUUUGUUCAUGUCAUAAGCUAGCUCAUGGUUAAUAGUCUCCUUGUUGUAGAGAACUUUUAACCCAGCAGCAGAAAGGAAUUCUUAAUAUACUCUGAUGAUCCUUUUUUAACGAAUGCUGGUAUUCCAUUCCCUGUUCGUUUGGUUCCUCCCGAACUACUAGGUAUUGAGUGAUUAUAGCUCGCAGUUAGGUCACUGAUUCGUACAUUCACAGGAAUCAAAGUACAGCAUACAAGUAAAUUUAGCAGUUCUGCAAUCCCUUUCCCAAACAUCAGUCGAGACUAGAUGAAGGAUACAACUCUGACAAUCUUUAUUGGUACACACAGCUUUUAUGCAUAGCCCCAUGGAAGAGGUUAUCAUAUCCCAGGAUCCUCCCCACCUGGGAGCCAAAGGCGGGAAAAGAGGUCGCUGUCCCUUUGUCUCCCAAGUAGGGAAAGCCCUCCCCCCAGACGAGGGGUUUCUCUCACAAAACAGGGGGCUUCUUAAUCCCAGGAGCCUCUGUGCCUUGGAGCCAAAGCGCAGGAAAAGUGGUUGACCCUUGGUCUCCCAGGCACAGAAAAGCACACCAAACUAGCCAGUCUCAACAGAAGUGACCCCACCGCGGCAUGUACCCCGACCCGAUCUUGUUCGCCAGCUCAGGGGCUGAAACCUGCAAGGGAAGCGGCUCCUUUCAUAAGACUUGCUUUUCCCACGGAAAUCUCACUUUAAGAGUGCUCUCAGUACUGCAAGGGAUUCCACGAAUGCUUCCUCUGGUUGGCGUUCGUUUAUACGAAAUGGCGGCCACCCAGGGGAGCCCUCAUUAAUUACUUCCCUUGAGGUUUCACACUAUGUUGCAGUUUCGCACUUAUGUUACAAGUGCGAACGUUAUGAUUAAUUGGUGGGAACGUUCUAAUGGGGCACUGGGGUGGUCCCCGUUCGGGAGACUAAUGGGGUUCCGUUUGUAUGAACGCUUCCGAACGGAAAAACACAUGAACAGAGUCUUUUCACAUGCUUUUUACAGUACCCAUAUGUAGGCAUGGCACUCAGUGAAGGCGUUUCGUCACACCUUUAGUGUCUUUAAAGUUUGAGUCCUCCAUUGAAGUAGUGGAGCUGGAACAAAAUGAUGAUUAGGCAAAACAGGCAAGGGUUUUAAUGCUAUUCAUUUCAUAGAGUAACCUCACUAAUUGGUUUAUGGGUUUGCAGCGUACCUGUGGCGGCCUACUCGCAGUGGAGGACCAGAGUGUCGCCGCCAAGGACUCCUUUUUCCCCUUAGUUAUCUGCUCCCAAAUGAAAAUAGCCCACUCCUAGUCAUUAGCCGAGGGUUAUGUAAAUGUCACAUUUUGAUACCUGGGUCUCUGCGAUCUGAUUUUGGAGUUCCAUGAGACUGUUGGUUGCUCCCAGUCAGACGCCUCUGCAAAUCCCCCUUCUAGCCACUGAUGUCUCUGGGACUGCUUGAUAUAGUGCUCGAGGGGGGAAAAUGUGGGAGAUUAUAGUUCUUUUUGGGUGAGGUGGUGGUUGGGAGCCAUGUACAAGUCCUAAGUGACCAGGUGGUCUGUCACAGUACUUAAUCUAUCACCCAAAAUAAACAAACUGCAGAGGAUUUGUACAUUCCCACAGCCGAACCAGGGAUUUGUCUAGCUAGAUUUUUACUGUCCACUUUGUGAUUGGCUUUUUAAAUUUUGUGUGUGUGUGUGUGUGUGUGUGUGUGUGUGUGGUGUUUCAGGGAAUGUAAUUUGUUGUGGGCAUAUGUGUUUGAAAUUGCAUACGGGGUAGGGGGGAAACAACACUUUUGUCUUUGUUCUAUGUGCUAAUGUAGUAUGAUUUUGUUCUUAUUUUAUAAAACUUUCAGACUGCUAUGAGCCAGAAUUACUUAAUGAAUUUCUCUCUUUCAGACUGUCUCCGCAGCUUCACAGACCUGGAAGAGUUGGACGAGACAGAGCUCUAUAUGUGCCUGAAGUGCAAAAAGAAACAGAAAUCCACCAAAAAAUUCUGGAUCCAGAAAUUACCAAAGGUAGUUUGGGCCAAUAACAUACGCACACAGAAAUAUAAAGUCACUUCAGCUCAGAACAAACUGGUCUGGUCUGCCCUACGAAACCUAAGAGAGCUUUGUGCACAUUCCAAGCAUUCUUGAAUACCUUUACUGUUUGCACUGAAAUGCUACUCUCUGUAUAUCAAGUAGAAAAGUAUCAUUCAUAUUAACAUAUUCCUAUCUGAUUACAGGUGCUCUGCUUACAUUUAAAGAGGUUCCAUUGGACUGCUUACUUAAGGAAUAAGGUGGACACCUAUGUAGAGUUUCCUUUGCGUGGCUUGGACAUGAAGUGCUUUUUGUUGGAGGUAACAAACACACUGUUUUGAUCUAUAUCAUUCGUCUUAAAUCCUUCCGUCUCUUCAGACAUUUUAGGCCACCAUGUAUACUGCUGGUCAACAAGCAUAAAACAUGUUUAGAUUCUUCUGUGUAUUUCAUCCAUUCAUGAUCUGUGUUAGUACACAGAGUACACAAAUGAGUUUGGGAACAUUUAGACUCUUAAACCUGGAAUCUUUGUAAUUGUUAUUAAUAAUAAUCUUUAGAAUUCUCCACCUCCUCAUGCACACUGGUUGGGAAGUCGAAAUCCAAUACAAUCGAUAUUUAAGAGACUCCAAAAUAUCUCAACACCCUUUGCUGCUGGACUACUGCCUUUUUUUUUUUUUUUUAUGUUUCAGCAAACUUGUUUUUUGGUUAUUUGGUAACUACCCACAAUACAAAAAAAAAAUAUUUUAAUAAAAUGCAUAUUAGUGUGUAGUGGUGUGGUGUUUGUUUGUUUUUUUUUGUUUUUUUAUACCAAAGUUUUUAGUUUGUUUAAAAAAUGAAACCAUUUUGAGCGUUUAGCAUGAACUUAAAUGCUUCUGGCUGUCCAAAGUCUGACCCUCAGUGGAGGAGGGAAUUGGCAGAGAGACGACACACUUCCUUCCAGCCAUACCCACUCAUAACUACAAUGUGUACUUUGAUAGGCUGAAAGCUGCUGCAGACUCUCAUUUAACAUUAAAAUAUAAAAAACAGCCUAAUGCUGAAUGGACAUGACUCCAGAUACUAUAACCACUUCAAUUUGAUAAAUACGACAUGGCGCCUGCAGUGUCCUUUUUUUAACUGUAACCUGACAACAAUAUACAGUUUGUGUUUGUUAUGGCUGGGAAUCGCCAUCACGAUGCCAAUAGAUAUAUCUUUUUUUUUUUUUUUUAUCUAGAUAAAAGUAUUUGUGCUAGCAGAAAACAAUAUAUGUGUACACAAACCACAGUGCAAUAAGUGCUCAAUAGACUGUAAGCAGAAAAAAACUUCCCUGAACAGGGUAGAAAUUCCCCGAAGACUUUCUCUUGUCUUCAAUAGAAUGUAUACAAAUAGGUAGGGGAUAAUCUGCUAAAUCAAUAAUGAGAACAGAACAUAGCGUAUAACUGUGUGUAAGAAUAAACCAUUAGUGUAACAUUCACAAAUGGCCACUCACACUUUCACUGGAGUUGGAAAGCCUUUAGAAUAAAUAUUCAAUGUCUCAUGAAUUGGCUGAGAUGUGUGUGUGUGCUCAAGAAAACCCUGUAACCCUGGUGGUGACAGAGAGAUUACAUCUAUUGUUUUAUAUCUUGCUGUAAGUUAUAAAAUGUAUUUUCACUAUACUUUUAUGUGCACUACAACUUGAUUGCAUUUUUUUUCUUGAGCACACCCAUUUCAGCCAAUUCAUGAGACAUUGAAUAUAGAUGGAAGAAAUGAUUCUGAAAAGGCAUUUAUGCUGAAAAAGGAAUUUAUUCUAAAGGCUUUCUAACUCCAGUGAAAGUGUGAGUGGCCAUUUGUGAAUUUGACACUAAUGGUUUAUUCUUACACACAGUUAUACGCUAUGUUCUGUUCUUAUUGAUUUAGCAGAUUAUCCCCUACCUUUUUGUAUAUAAUUUUGCACAAACCUGGGGCUCUCCUGAUGUCCUUUUUCAGAUGAUGGGUUUUAAUAUUCUUGGAUGCAAGCACGUGUGAGAAAGAUUAAGUGCGCUGGUAUCAGACUUGCCAUUGACAGCCAAGUGGUUCAUAGUUUUAAUAGACUUUCUUUCUGUGACCUUUGUUUAUUUUGUGUUUAAUUGUUCUUCUUCCUCUUCUCUCCCACUCCCUCUUAACUUAAAACCUCUUGUGUGUGUGGUUUCUUCCUCAGCCAGAAAAUAUUGGUCCAGAGAGCUGCCUGUAUGAUCUUGCAGCUGUUGUGGUUCAUCAUGGCUCUGGGUGAGUGUUCAUUUUGCAGAUAAUUUUUAUUUAUUUUUUGAGGGCAAAAGCUGACUGGUGUUUGCAGCAUGGGAUUAAAAAUAUACACUUCAAAUCGGGUGUUAUAAUUUUGUAAUAAGAAAUGUGUACGAAAUUAAAGCUGGCAAAGGAUCAUUAACGUUAUAGCCCCACACCAAAAAACUGCAAGUUGCGAAGUCAUCAGACAGUGUUUAUAUAUUCUUAUAUUCAGCUUGUUUGAUUGCUGCAGCUUUGUGAUUUCCACGUUUUCGUUUGCACUUCUAGGAAGUGGUGUUGUAAACUCUUAUACAUAACCUGAGAUUCUAAUAAAAACGCAACAACAUACGUAAAUUGUGAUGUCUUAGGUUUUACUACAUGCUCCACAUUGAAAAUGGAGCUAUAUCACUGAGAUGCACUAAAUUAAGAGUUGUGGGAGAGCACAAUCUUCUCUCCUAGGUUUGCUCUGCCAACAUUAGAAAGAAAGACUUCUGUCAGCCAAGCCCGCCUAUCCUGUUGGCUCUGUCACUACCGGCUUACUCGCACUGUAGUGAAGCAGAAUGUGUGACAACACGCAUCUCUGCAGCAUGAGACAUUGGGUACCUGUAAUGGGCGGAAUCCCAGCUUUAUGCCACUGUGCGGAACACCACUGACACUGGUCCUGGAGCUGCCAGAGCCUCUGCUGGCUUCACUGCCACUCCACAAGCAGAAUUAUUGUAGACUACUCGUAUACUCACUAUGCACUGCCUAUGGAGGAAGAAUGAGUAAAAGUAAUUAUCUCUGCAAGGCUUUGCUUUUACAUCAUGUUUAUUGAUCAUCUCCCUCUGUUUCCCUCUCCUUUUAGUGUUGGGUCUGGACACUACACUGCGUAUGCAACUCAUGAAGGUCGCUGGUUUCACUUCAAUGACAGUACUGUGACUCUGACGGAAGAGGAGACCGUGGCAAAAGCGAAGGCAUAUAUUCUGUUUUACGUGGAACGUCCACUUUUGGUCGUCCCUGAAAAACUCUAAAAGCCUCUCCUCUCACCCACCAUCUUUUAUCUUGCCCUUUGAGGGCUGAUCUCUCAACCCUCUGCUCAUACUUGAUUAAAACACCCCUUCCUUUUUAAUUUUUGCACUUUCACAUUCAUUGUGAGCAUAGUAUGACAUUUGCAAUUCCUCUGGUGCAAGGUCUUAUAUGAAAUGGAUAGAGAGAGAAGUCUCGCCUGUCUGGUAACUGUAUUAAUGUUAACGGUAGGCUCAAACUAUUACAUAAUGCACCAAAGGGGAUGCAUCUAACUAGUGGCUAUAUAGACCUCUAGUGCCACUUUCAUCUUGUAAGCCCAUUUUUCUUUUUAAGUGUAAGGACACCUUGUGGGUGUUAAUACUGCCAGUGUUUGAAUGAGCAUCCAUUCAAAAGUUACGUCAUCUGUGAUAGACCUUCAACUUCAAGCUUGGAGCCUAUUAAAUAGGCACAUCUUCGACAAAAUUCAGGAAACUUUUUGAUUUUAUGACCUGCCUUAAAUUGAUCACUGGGAAUAAUUUUGAGGAGUUGUUGAAGUAGCCAGGGCAUUAGAGCAUUAUUGCCAUUGGUUCCAUAAACACAUUGGCAUGAUUCCCUAUUAUCAGCAAAAUGUAUUACAGCUCUGAGAGCCAGAGGGGGUGACCAACACAUUGGCCACUCUAGCACUUUUUGGGUAAGAAGUGCCUCUUUGCAUCCCAUACACCUAACGCUGUGAAAUCCAAUCAAACAUAUUUUAUAAUGUGAUUGUUCACAAGCACUCCAAUUCUAGUAGGCCAUUGCAUUCUCUUUACUGCACUCGGUCUGCGAAGGUGAGGGUAUCUAGAUCUGUCUGGGUAGGAAAAACAUUAUGUAAUGGAGCAAGUGACAAGGGGUAAUUGGCUCUGGUGCAUUUCAGAAUGUAAGGCAAACCAGUAAAAUAUGGGCUUGAUAAUAGCCAGUGCCCACUUGAUUAGUAGGAUUCAAACCCAUUUAUUUUUAUAAUUUAGUUCUAUUGAUACGUGCUUCUAUUUUCUAGACCUGCUUCUAACCAUGCCCCCAGGGUUAGAGGUGAGAAAUGGUAGUGUAAGAUGAAUGUCACUGGUGAAAUAUGGAGUAAAUUUAGUGAACUUGCUUCAAAGUCUGUUUGUGGAAGAAUCUCAAACAUGGCGAUGGAUGACUUUUUGCACAAAUUAGGAACAUGCAUAGUUAAACUUAAUUUAGAAACAAUAUUGCACCCCGUGAUCAGAGUGCUUGAGUGGCUCAUAUCGGGUAGUAUCAAUUUUUAUGUAUAAAAUUCAGCUCAACUAGCUAGGCUUGGCAGAUUUGCCUGUCCACGAGCGACCUGGACAUUCCUGAAAGCUUGAGCCAUAUAAGGGAAGUUGUGUAAGAACAAACCAAUAAUCUGGAAUGGAUCCACCAAUGAUGCAGAGUCCGGCACGGGGAUGAAAUGCCACAACAGCUGAAUGAAAUUUGUUUUCGUAUUUGUUCUCAAUGAAGUCCAUAUUUUGAGAUAAGCAUAAGUUUUUUUGUUUUUGUUUUUUGUUUUUUAUAGUUUAGCAAUUCUCAAAUUGUUAAAUAUCUGAUCCUGCCACUGGUAACCCUUUUCACUGCCCGCAUAUCGAAGUGCUGCAUGUUUUGAUGGUACCAGGAUUUGUUUUGAAUUGCACCAUGAGAACCUCAACACAUACACAGUAUGAAUUUGCUGCUUAACAUAUAGAAAACAUUGUCAUGCCUUUCUGUGUGUGUCAUUUUAAGUUACUGGCUUUUAUUUUAUGGUGUCCUGGCAAUCUGUUUGUAUGUGUUUUCUUCUCUUUUAAACUCCCCCUUUUUAUUUUUUUUAUAAAUGGCAGGAUAUGUAGGGCAUUUCGUGUCUUAUAAGGGGAUGUAUGGAUAUUGGUGGAGCUUGUAAACAUGACUGCCCAUACACAAGCAUAGCCAGAGCACCGAGGGCAUUUCAUCACUACACCAGAAAUUCAGAAUAUAUCAGACCAAUGUUCUUGAAAGCAAUUACUUCCCCAUCCCCCCGCCUCCCCUUGGCUACUUUGACCAAACAAACUGCAGUUUACUUACUUGUUACACGUCACGUAUAUAUCUAUGUAUUCUAGCAGCCACUGUCUACUUCUUUCUAAAACGAAAAACCAAACACAAUCUUGGGAAAACUCUAACCUCAAGGCCACAGUGCACAUCCACAAAAUGGUCCCAGGCCUAAUUGUCUUUGUUACUGGCUCAAGAAACGCUUUGUUCUGUGUGUAUUGAUUUAAUUAGCACCAUAAGAAAAUGAUUACUUAAAAAAAAUAAAACGUGUAGCUCUGAAUACAUGCAUACCAUGCUGUACCAGCUGCAGUAUAUGGAAGACACAGCUGCCUUACUCCCAACGUCAGACCCAUUACACAGUAUUUCUAUCUAUAUGAACAGCCGUCUCACACAGGACUGGAGUAUCUUCCGUUAUGUGAUAUUUGUAUAGUUUGUAGGGAAAAAAUAAAGUUCAAUUGAUUCUGUGCAUCAUGAAGCAGUGUCUGUCAGCAUUUGUCUAAUUAACUCCUUGAUUACCUAGGUAAAUGUUAAAAAACCAAACACAAUUUCACCAUAAUCCAGUGUUGAUCCUCAUUUAAAGGGACACCCAAAGAUUAUGUAUACAAAUCUGUAUUUAUGAUCGUAGAGAGUUCUGGGCUCUUGUUCUUACUGUGACUGAUGCUUCUUUUUCUUGUGACAUCAUUCAUACAGAAACAUUGAGAGUAAUACUGCGCAUGCACAGCAAUCGCCUCACAAAUCCAAUAGGAUUCUUCCCGUAGAGACGUGCUUCUCUAUGGGAAAACUUAACUGUGUGUCAAUGUUUUUCUGUCAUCCCUAUGUCACUGUCUGAUGAAUGUAAACAUUGCUGUUUCUCAGAAAGUUAUUAAAAAGGACUGGGAUAUGGAAACCCCAAUGCAGCUCUUUUAUAUACUACACUAUUGGAAAUCUAGUGGAUUUAAUUAUAAAUGGAAGUAUUAUAUACCUGAUGUGAUCUACCAUUGUGAUGCUUAUAAUCUGGCUCAUUUCUUUGGUUCACAGACACUCAAAAUCCCUUCAUUAACCUCCAUUAUAAGUUUAAUUGAUCCAAAACGAAUUAGUAGGAACUCCCAAUGGCUGACAACAGUGUAGUUUCCAGCUCAGCUGUUUGAGAUUUAAUCUCUUAACUAAUAAAACACUACAGCUGUUGGCAACAAAUAUUGCAAAUUUAACAGGUAUAGUAGUCACAAAAAAAUAUUAUAAUAGACCGUGGCUAGAGCAGAGAUUGUCAUUUUUAUAGUUCAUGUAAUCUAUAUUGCUUUACAUUUUGACGUUUGUUUUCCCGCUGCAUUGGACUGUAGCAUGGUAAAUAAACCCCUCUCUAUAAAUGAUAUGACAGGGCUGUAGGGACUAAAUAUGUUUGGAGUCGGUUCAGUUUGAUGUGAUCCAUCCCUUAUUUGGUAGCAUAUGAAAAGUGUUCCCCCUACAGGAUGUAAAAUGUAU